ACUGGAAAUGGAUGUAUUGCUGGAUUUGCUGGCAUUGUUGCCACUUUUCCGUUGGAUCUUUGCAAAACACGACUUCAAAAUCAACCAGUGCAAAAUGGAGUUCGCAUGUAUAAUGGCCUGUGGCACUGUAUAAUAGAGGUGCAGCGCAAGGAGGGCUUGAGAGGUUUAUACAGAGGUUCUUUGCCAAAUCUUAUCUGCAUAAUGCCUGAGAAAGCAAUAAAGUUGGGGAUGAAUGAUUAUGUCCGUGGUUUCUAUCAUGAUGGGAGCUCUAUUAAGCUAAGACAUGAGAUUCUAGCUGGUGCGGUUGCUGGUUUAUGCCAGUCUGUCAUCACCAUUCCAAUGGAGAUGUUCAAAAUAUCUGGACAAGAUGCAACAAGAGUAAAUUCAGGGGCAGUGGUAUCUUAUCGUAACACGCUACAAAUUGUACGCCAGACUCGUGGUCUCUCUGGUAUAUACUCUGGUGGUCUUGCAACAUGGCUAAGGGACAUCCCAUUCUCUAUGAUCUACUUUCCAUUGUAUUCCUAUCUCACCAAAGUGUUGUGGCAAAAAGACUCACAGAAAGCUCCUUUCUGGGUUAACCUUGUGUCUGCCAUGACAGCAGCGGGCUUUGCAGCUGUGGCUGUUAAUCCAUUUGAUGUUAUAAAGACAAGACUCCAAUCAAUCCAUCACUCGCGUAAAUACACUGGUAUUGUUGACUGUGGAAGGAGCAUCUACAAAGAAGAAGGUUUCAAAUCAUUUUUCCGUGGUUCUGCUCCUCGCUGCAUGGCUAUUGCUCCACUUUUCGGGAUCGCUCAAUCAGUUUAUAGACUCGGUGUGUGCCAAGGAAUUUUAGGAAUACCUCACAAUCCACAUGUGUGAUAACCAAUCCUGCUCUAUCAGUGUUGUAUUUUAAAUUAUUUUAGGCCUAGGAUUUCUUGCUUUGCGUGACUGAUUUUGAAAGUUCCAUUUUAAAUCUGUGAUACGUAUUUCUACCUAGCUGUGACAGCAAACCUGCUGUGAAACAUAAUGCUAACCCAAAUUUUCAUCAAAAUUUAUUUUUUUGUAUUUUCUCUUACGUACUUGAGAUGCAUGCUUCACAGAAAAAUGCUGCAAGGGCAAAAAAUGCUGCAAAAUGUGCCAUUUUACCAUCUAAUCUUGUACAUAAUCAGUUCCAAAAUACGUUCUACAUGGUUGCGAAACAUUGUUCCUUUCUGGUAUGUAAAAAAACUACAUAUUAUUACCAAAUCUUACUAAACUUAUCAGAGCUUAAAACGUGCAAUAAAGGAUUUGCAUUGUGGUUUUCUAUGGUACAUGUCUUUUCACUGCAUGGUGUUCGAAAUUGCGAUAAUUGUAGUAAAAUAAAUGUGCUGUUUGCCAAGA